UGACACACUCCAAAUUUACCGCCCGCCGGUCUCGAGUGUUGUUAAAAAUCCUAAACAAGUGUUGUCCUAAAAAUGUUAUUCUACCGUGUAGCCGGUGCUGCCCAAAGCCGAGUUUUUAAUUUAUUGAAACGCCCUGCUCUGUGUCCAGGACGCGGAACUAUUUACACGAGCCCACCUAUGAACGGAAGAGAUGUAACGAAACGCGAGAAAUACUUUCUGCAGAAAGAUAAAAUACCUCUAGGAUUUACAAUUAUCUACAGAGCACCCAUGGAAUACUAUCUUUCAGCUUGUAAUAUUGCCACUUCUUUUAGCUUCUUGGCGCUGGUCGGAAUGAGCGCUUUUUCAUUUUCGGAGUACUUUCGUAACGUAACGGUGCCGUUUCAAAUGAAAUAUGCAACACUUACGACAAAUGAAAAUGAUCUAUUCUUUUUCGUGGGAUUUUUCUUUUUGAUUAAUGUCAUCAUACGUAUUGUAAUUAAUCGUUAUCCACUGCGUAUUUACCGACGAGAAAAUCAGUACAUUGCAGUGUUUGAAGGACAGAUACCACUAGGAAUAAGGAUGUUACAAUAUCGUCGAGGGGAUGUGGUUGUAGUGCCCCCCAGCGGAAUUUUACCGUGGCAGGACGCUAGAUACAAAAUAAAUGGUAACAAAGUGCUGCUUUUAAAUGAGUACUUUCGUACGCCAUCUGAACUGAAUAUUAUGUUGAAAUCGUCAAAUGUAUGAUAAUAAAACGAGCGGUAACCCCCUAGUUUGAGGAUCCC